AACAGGCGUGAGAUGGGUUGCAAUUCGUCGCUCCAAUAUGGUAAUCACAGCAAAACCAUAAAACCCGCGAACGCCGCUUCGUCCAAUCAGUUUCUACACCACCGUUACUUUUUUCCUUUUCUCUUUCUCGGGAAAAUGUCUCAAUUUUCCGGGAAAAUAGGGCGUCUUUAAAUCAAAAUCCCCACACCCACUUUAGAACUCCAAUCAAACUCCAAAGGGUCAGAGUUUGUUGAAGGAAAACAGGGAAAACAGAAAAAACGAAGAACAACAGGUGGGUAUGGAGAAUGAAUGUGGAGCGAAAUUGAUCAGAAAUAAUGGUUUGAGCCCACGUUCAUCGGUUUCUAAUGGCGGUCCAGAUGGAACCGUCGAUGUUCUUAAAGAUUUGAAGGAAGCUAAUGAUUUAAUCGAAGUUAUUGUGGGUUUUUCUGGGUUUCGGAAAACGCAAUCCAAGGAGUGUUUGAAUUUGGUUAGGAGAUUGAAGAUGCUCGCGCCGUUGUUGGAGGAGAUUCGUGACCUUUAUGAUAUGGUUCCUGCUGAGGGUUUGAGUUCCCAUAUUGGUCAAUUGAAAGAGGCGCUUCUUUUAGCCAAAAGGUUGCUGAAGAACUGCCACAAUGGGAGCAAGAUUUAUCUGGCGUUUGAUAAUGAGGCUGUGAUGGCGAGAUUUCAUGCUGUUUAUGACAAAUUGAAGGAAGCCCUUGAUGGGAUACCUUAUGAUGAACUUGGAGUCUCUGUUGAACUGAAAGAACAAGUUGAGCUGAUGUCGACGCAGCUCAAACGAGCGAAGUGUAGGAAAGAUACACAAGAUAUGGAGUUAGCAAUGGAUAUGAUGGUUGUGUUUUCGAAAAAUGAUGAGAGAAAUGCUGAUCCUGUUAUACUUGGAAGAUUAGCAAAUAAAUUGGAACUGCAUAAGGUUGCAGAUUUGGAAGCCGAAACCGAAGCUAUACAAAAGUUGGUUCAACGUCGAUGUGUGUCAAAUCCUGAAAGUCUCCAGCAAAUUAUGGAACUUCUAUGCAAGUUUAAGAAAAUUGCAGGUAUGGAGAAUAGUGUUGCUUCUGGUGCUGCUCCUGUUGUGUUGAAACGUCUGCAACGGUGUCGGUCUACGUUAAUCCCUCAUGAAUUCCUUUGUCCCAUUUCGUUGGAAGUCAUGACAGAUCCUGUGAUUGUGGCUACUGGGCAGACGUACGACCGUGAUAGCAUACAGACAUGGUUGAAUUCGAACCACCAGACAUGCCCGAAAACAGGACAAACUUUGGUGCAUUUGUCACUAGCUCCAAAUUAUGCCCUCAAGAACCUCAUUUUGCAAUGGUGUCAAAAGCACGACUAUGAAUUGCCGAAGAAGGAAGUAGGUUCUGGAUUCGGCGAUACUCCGCCUGAUCUCGCUCGGGAAAUCUCCUCUUUAGUUCACAAUCUAUCGUCGAGUCAGUUGGAUGUUCAGAAAGAGGCUAUCAUCAAGAUCCGUGUCCUCUCCAAGGAGAACCCCGAGAAUAGAGUUUGGAUCGCGAAUAGCGGAGUCAUCCCUCCGUUGGUUAAGCUUCUAUCCUACCCAGAUCUCAAUUUCCAAGAGCACACGGUGACCGCUCUAUUGAACUUGUCGAUCGACGACGCGAAUAAAAGACUCAUAGCAAGAGAAGGAGCCAUUCCUGCUAUCAUAGAAAUCUUGCAGCAUGGAACAGAGGAGGCUAAGGAGAAUUCUGCUGCUGCACUGUUUAGCUUGUCAAUGCUAGAUGAAAACAAGGUUCUGAUUGGAACUCUAAAGGGAAUCCCGCCAUUAGUAGCGCUUCUUCGAGACGGUACGAUCCGAGGGAAGAAGGAUGCAGCUACUGCACUCUUUAACCUGUCGAUGAAUCAAGCAAACAAGUCCCGAGCGAUCAAAGCCGGCAUCAUACAGCCCCUUCUCUUUUUACUUCAGGAUAAGAACUUAGGAAUGGUUGAUGAAGCUUUAUCGAUCUUGUUACUCCUCGCAUCACAUCCCGAGGGACGGACCGAGAUCGGACGUAACUCUUUCAUCGAGAUUCUAGUGAACAUCAUAAUCGAAGGGACACCGAAGAACAAGGAAUGUGCCACGUCGUUACUUCUCGAGCUGGGACGAAACAAUUCGCCUUCCAUUUUGGUUGCGCUGCAGUUUGGUGUAUAUGAACAUUUGGUAGAGCUGACAAGAUGUGGAACAAGUAGAGCACAGAGAAAAGCAAGCUCGCUUUUGCAGUAUAUGAGCAAAUGUGAACACAUUCCUUGACAUUUAAAGAUCUGUGAUCAUUGUAUUUUAGGAACUGUAAAUCAGAAUUUUUCUUCUUUUUACAUUUGCCUCUUAUUGUUGUUGCUGCUCUCAAUGUGGCUUUUUCAAGAAGUUGACAUGUCAAAGCCAACGAACCACUCUGUACAUAGCCUUUUAGUUAUGUAAUGGUGUAUAACAAGAGGUGUUUUUAGCCUAUGGUUUUA